AUGGCCGUAGUAGUUGACUGUAAUAGUCAAAAUCUAAUUAAUUCACAGCAAAAAUUGACUCACGACGAUACAGACGGAAUUCGCUUAUCUCGAUUAGCGCCCGAAAACCAACAGAAUAGUAUUUCUAUUCCUAGUAAAGAAAAAGACAACUACCCAUUUCGGACUGCUAAUGAAAGUUCCGAUUCUCAAGGUACGGUGGGGCCACACCUGGGUGAUUGGGUAUUGAAAAAUGACAUAUUUAGCGAAAGAACGUUGGAAAACCGACAUGAGUUGUACAUCUCUGAACUCGAGGGCUCGGACAGUUUACUUACAACUGGACCAACUCUCAGGGCUAUUUAUGAUGGAGAUGAACACCAAAAGUUUAUGGAAAAAUUGGAUGCCAGAAUUAAAAACCAUGAUCGUGAUAUUGAACGUAUGUGCAACUUCCAUUACCAAGGUUUUAUUGAGUCAAUUCGAGAGUUGCUAUUGGUACGAACACAAGCUCAAAAGCUGAAGAAUGAAGUGAAUGUAAUUGACCAAGAGCUUCAGUUUACUGUUCGAAGGGUAAUUCAAAAAGCUGAAGAACUUAUUAAAUACAGAAAAGUACAGACACAUAUUGCUUCAGCCGUUGAGAGCCUCAGUUUGUGUCUUCCUGUUUUAGAAAUGUAUGGAAAACUUAGUCAGCAGAUGAAAGAGAAAAGGUAUUAUCCUGCACUGAAAACUCUAGAACAGCUAGAACACACCUAUCUACCAAGGGUCUCUCGCUAUAGAUUUUCUCAGACAAUGCAGUCAAGUAUUCCAAGGCUUAGGGAACAGAUUAAGGAGGCAUCUAUGUCAGAACUAAAGGAUUUCUUAGAGAAUAUUCGUAAAGUUUCAUCCAAACUUGGUGAAGUGGCAAUGAGACAUGUAAGUUUAUUGACAUUUUUUUUUUGGUUACAUUAUUUAUACACCAAUAUAUUAUAUUACAUCAUUUUAGUUAGGUACUCAAUAUAGUUUUAAAAAUGCA